AUGAAGUCUACUCUUGCCUUUUCUGUACUCGCACUCUUGACCUCUGCCCAAGGAGCACCCACGCUUCCUAAGCGGCAGGGAGGAAACCCUCCGUUACGCGGACCGCAGGAUCUUCUCGGAUACUCGCCUGACAAUAAGAUAGCGGAGCCAAGUGCCGAGAUUCAUUAUACCCCUGUCCCGGGCCAGAAGGACGAUGAGGACCUAGGUGUCUACCUGGACUUCUCCAAGACCGAGAACCCGCAGCCAAUCCGUGGCUCACUGGGUGGGACUGACCCUGGCCCACGAAACGCUGCCAUCGACCGCCAGAACAGUGACAAGCUAGCUCCCCCGGGGACAGACCAUGGACAGACUAUCAAUGCUAACUGGCCCAUGUCACUGAGCAAGGCCAAACUGGGCCUUGACGGUGCUGGGUGGUCCCGACAGGAGAACACCGUUGUGAUGCCUGAUGCUACCAAGAUGGCUGGUGUUGAUAUGCGCCUGGAAGAGAGCGCGUAUCGUGAACUGCAUUGGCACUUGGCAGGUGAAUGGAGUCUUGUUCUCAAUGGGUCAUGCAGAAUUCAGGCUGUAAACGAAGAUGGCCAGACCUUCAUCGACGACGUGACCGAGGGCGACGUCUGGUUCUUCCCUCCUGGCGUGCCCCAUUCCAUCCAAGCCCUUGAGGGUGGUGUUGAGUUUCUGCUCGUCUUCGACGACGGGUCCUUCUCUGAAGACAACACCUUCCUGGCGUCCGAGAUAUUCGCCCAUAACCCGAAAUCCGUCUUGAGCAAGAACUUCGAUCUCCCCAUUUCCUCCUUCGACAACAUCCCCGAUGGCGAGCUCUUCAUCUUCCCUGGAACGCCCGCCCCAGACAACAUCGCAGACCAGAACGUCAGCACCACAGCCGGUCCAGUCCCUCUGGCAGAGUCCUACUCAUACCACUUCUCCGAGCAACCAGCACACAACGUUGCCGGCGGGAGCGUCAAGAUCGUUGACCCACAAACCUUCCCGAUAGCAAACAACUUCGCAGCAGCCGUAGUCACCGUGAAACCCGGUGCGAUGCGUGAAAUCCACUGGCACCCGUCCAGCGAUGAAUGGAGCUUCUUCAUCCGCGGACAGGGAAGGGCGACGCUUCUCGAGGCUCCUAAGACCGCGACAACCUUUGACUUCCACCCGGGCGAUGUGGGAUACUUCCCCAAGUCUCACAGUCACUACAUCGAGAACACGGGAGAUGAGGAUCUCGUGUUCGUGGAGGUGCUGCAGGCGGAUCAAUUUAGCGAUAUCGCAUUGGGCCAGUGGCUAGGCUCAACACCGAAGGCGAUUGUCGGGGAUACGCUGAACUUGGACGACAAGGAUCUUGACAAGCUGAAGUCAGACAAGCAGUAUAUCGUGUCUGCCCCGAGCAACAACAAUAGCACACAGGGCUGA